CCCUACGUACGUAAUCAGGAUGGACGGACGACAAAUUGUGAAAUAUGAAAACAAAAGUUCGCCGAAUGCAAGAAUAAAUCGAGAAGCAUCCAAUUAUUCGGCAAAUGAACAGCAAACGGAGGACACAAAUGAAAAUUUACCUGAGAAGCAUUACUCACACCCGCCAAGGGAUUCGGGGGGCCAGUCUAAAUACAUGGACGGAUAUACCAUGAUACCACCAAAUGAAUCAAGACGGAGCCAACUGCAAAGGAUGGCACAACAAGAGGAGCAGAUGCUAGAAAGACUGAGACAGGAACGCCGUCCUGGUCCCAUUCGAGAAACACCAGAGAGACUGGGUGGGGGGAUAUCUUUGGCAGAGGUGAGGCAGAGGCAGCAGUUGAAUUUGCGCCAAUCAAAACUCCAAAAGAAGCUGAAAAAGGAGGAAAUGGACAGAUGCAGAAGACAGGCAGAGGAAGAAGAGCUUCAGAGGAUGAAGGACAUUCAACGAGAGAAGGCCAUUAAACUUGAGAUGAAGACAAAGCAAGUCGAGCAGCAGAGAAGGGAGCUGUACCAACAUGAUCACCAAACAAGGACAGAGGAGUUUCUUAGAAGUAUCGAGAGGUCCAGCUCCGUCCCUGUGUCGGCUAGCAGCUCUGCGCCAACGUCAUCUUGGGCCCGUAGCCAUGAAUACAGAGAGGCCAGGAGAGCGGAAGAAAAUGCGAUUCUGCAGCAAGGGAAGGAGGAACAAAGGAAGAAGAGUGAUCUUUUGGAGGAAAAACAAAGGCAGCGGGAGGAGGAAAGGAAGAGACAACUGGAAAUGGAGCGUCGGCGGGUGAACUCAGCUUUUCUAGACAGACUGGAGGCGGCUGGAUCAGGUAGAGUUCAGGAGCCUUUGGCCUGUUCCCUGGAGGAUAGUCAGUCCCGUGAACCACAAGACCCUGGCUCAUCCUCUGAGCCCAACCCAACACAGGUCCACACAGACACGGCAGAGGAGACUGAUUCUGAAUGGGUAAUAAUGAAGCUGCUGAGCAACUUUCCUUCCUACGACCGAGAUCUACUGGAAGAUAUUGUUAUUCAGUGUAACGGCAAUUACCAGCAAGCCUAUGAGCUACUUCAGCAAUGGAACUGAGUAACUUCCUCAGCCCCUGUUCAGAAUGACAUAAUGACGAACAAAUGAAGAUACUGACUAUUCAUUUCAUGAUAGGUUUUUGGGCUGAUCCAUUAUUACCAUGUUCCAGAAGAUACCACUGCAACUGAAAGGGGGCUAGGCUUUUCCUGAAGUUACUAUUAAAUUACUUGU